AUGGACAACAAGGAGAUUUCUCUAAGUCUUGCUCGCGCAGAAGGGCUCAGGAUGCUGGUAGGGUUCAGCAAUGGAGCCGAGUUUUCACUACGACUAUUGAUGGUGCUGUUUAUGUCCGAAGGGUUAGAAGGACCGGUUGUAGCCCGGGGUUAUUAUCUGAAUUCAAUGAUGGUGAACUAUAGCGACAGUGAGUGUCAGGGAUAUAUGUUGUUAGCUGCAAGUUCGUCAGGAGAUGAACAGGAUUUGAGUCAGAUUCCAGUAGUGAGUGAAUUUUUCGAGGUAUUUUCCAAGGAUAUACUUGAAUUCCCCCCUCGAGAAAUCGAAUUUGCAAUAGAACUGAUACCGGGAGCAGGACUGAUCUUGAUUGCGCCGUAUAGGAUGUCGUCAUUGGAGUUGGCAGAACUUAAGGGAGCACCAGUUUUGUUGGUGAACAAGAAAGAUGAUGGCAUGCGACUGUGUGUGGACUACAGAGUGUUCCGUUCUUUCUUAGAUAAGUUCGUUGUGGUGUUCAUUGAUGAUAUUCGGGAAGACGUGAAAUUCUUGGGGGCAUGUGGUGAGCUGAAAGGGAAUAGCUUAAAUCCUGCUAAGGAUGAGACACUGACAGAAUGGGGACGGCCUACGUCUGUGAUGGAAGUGAUAAGUUUCUUAAGGUUAGCUGAUUUUUAUCGGAGGUUCAUUAAGGAUUCUUGCAAACUGCAUUGCCCGGACUAA